AAAUGAAAUCGACGGUGCAUAUCAAUAUUUGAUAUAAGGCCAAUCCAAGAUAUUAAUUUUCCUCUUAAACAAAAAGUAUACAUAAAAAUUAGAGUUUGGCGGUUUAGGAAAUUAAAAAUACAUAUAUAUGUUAGAGUAUAUAUAUAGUGUGUGUGUGUGUGUCCCUGGUCGAAUCGUGUAACUAAUUAGUUGUGCAAUCAAAGUCUCCAAAUUAAAGAAUGGAGAUUCCCGUGGAAGAAGAAUCUCCAAAGAGAUUCUCCCUCCCCGUAGAUUCCGAGCACAAGGCCACCGAAUUCCGCCUGUUCUCGGCGGCGGCGCCGCACAUGCGCGCGUUCCACCUCUCGUGGAUCUCCUUCUUCACGUGCUUCGUCUCCACCUUCGCCGCGCCGCCCCUCCUCCCCGUCAUCCGCGACGACCUUAACCUCACCGCCACCGACAUCGGCAACGCCGGCAUCGCCGCCGUCUCCGGCGCCGUCUUCGCCCGUAUCGCCAUGGGCACGGCGUGCGACCUCUUCGGCCCCCGCCUCGCCUCCGCCGCCCUCAUCCUCGCCACCGCCCCCGCCGUCUUCUGCACCCCGCUCGCCGCCUCCCCCGCCUCCUUCCUCCUCCUCCGCUUCCUCACCGGCUUCUCCCUCGCCACCUUCGUCUCCACCCAGUUCUGGAUGAGCUCCCUCUUCUCCCCCACCGUCGUCGCCACCGCCAACGGCGUCGCCGGCGGCUGGGGCAACCUCGGCGGCGGCGCCACCCAGCUCAUCAUGCCCCUCGUCUUCGACCUCAUCGUCACCGCCGGCGCCGGCAAAUUCACGGCGUGGCGCGCCGCCUUCUUCGUCCCCGGCCUCCUCCAAGCCCUCUCCGCCUACGGGAUCUUCUUCCUCGGCCAAGACCUCCCCGACGGCGACUACGCGCAGCUGCAGAAAUCCGGCGACAAACACAAGGACAGCUUCGGGAAGAUCCUAUCCUGCGCCGGAGCCAACUACCGAGGCUGGAUCCUCGCCCUAACCUACGGCUACUGCUUCGGCGUGGAGCUCACCAUCGACAACAUCGUGGCGCAGUAUUUCUACGACAGGUUCGACGUGAACCUGCACACCGCCGGCACGAUCGCGGCGAGCUUCGGGCUGGCGAACUUCUUCUCGCGGCCCGGCGGCGGAAUGCUGUCGGAUUUCGUGGCGAGGAGGUUCGGGAUGAGGGGGAGGCUGUGGACGCUGUGGGUGGUGCAGACGGCGGGAGGGCUUUUGUGCAUCUUGUUGGGGAAGGUGGGGUCGCUGGCCGCCUCCGUGGCGGUGCUGCUCGUCUUCUCCGUCUUCGUUCAGGCCGCCUGCGGGCUGACCUUCGGGGUCGUCCCGUUCGUGUCGAGAAGGUCGUUGGGCAUCAUCUCCGGGAUGACCGGCGGCGGCGGCAACGUCGGCGCCGUUCUAACACAGGUGAUCUUCUUCCGAGGAUCUCGAUACUCCACGGAAUCUGGCAUAACCCUAAUGGGGGUGAUGAUCGUGGCCUGCACCCUCGUGAUAACGUUGAUUCACUUUCCACAAUGGGGCGGGAUGCUGUGGCCGGCGUCGGACGGCGCCACGGAGGAGGACUACUACGUGUCGGAGUGGACGGCGGCGGAGCAAGAGAAAGGGUUCCACAAGGCCAGCCUCAAAUUCUCACAAAACAGCAGAAGUGAGAGAGGUAUGAGGAUUAUUGGGUCUGCCCCAACUCCAAAUGAUGCCACUCCAAAUACACACGUGUGAGUGAAUCUAACAAUAGUUUUGAGGUGUUAAGGUUCGUGUAAGAUUCAUGCGAUGGAUCAAAAUUUGUUAUAUGAUCCUUGAAUUAUUUUGAUA